AUGGCGACCGCGGCCGCCCGCGGGGUACUGCUCGCGACCUGGGGCGAGCGCCUGCGGCGUGCGCUCGCAGCCAGCCGGCGGGCCUGGCCGGGCCCCGCAUCCUGGGCGGCGGCCGUGGCCGGAGUGGCGCUGACAGGGGCAGGAGCGGCCUGGUACCAGGGCCGCGUAAAGUUGGCGGCGUCCGAGGGCGGUCUCGCCGUCUUAGCGCAGAAAAAUGUGGACUCGGAUGAGAUGGCAGGGAAGCUAUCCCUUCGAAAGCAGCGCUUCAUGCAGUUUUGCUCCCUGGAACAUGAGGGAGAGCACUACAUGACACCCAGAGACUUCCUCUUCUCCGUGAUGUUUGAGCAGAUGGAACGUAAAACUUUAGUCAAGAAGCUGACAAAAAAGGAUAUCGAGGAUGCAUUGGCAGGAAUCCCAAAAGCUGGUUGUGGCCCUACCUUUUUUAGGGACCUUGGUGAUAAAGGUAAUUUUGAUUUGUUUAUGAAACGGUUAUUCCUCUCUCCCUUCUUUACAGAACCCCACACUGGGUUUCAUGUUGCUUUUAAAAUGCUGGAUUCUGAUGGCAAUGAGAUGGUUGAAAAGAAGGAGUUUUUUAAGCUGCAGAGGAUCAUAAGCAAGCAAGAUGACUUGAAGACAACUCUAGGGAAUGCAGCAGACAGCCAGGAAGCAAAAGAAUCUGAAAUCAACACAACUCUUCAGAUAUGUUUCUUUGGAAAAAGAGGAGAAAGGAAACUUCAUUAUAAAGAAUUUCGGAGGUUUAUGGAAAAUCUACAAACAGAGGUCCAAGAAAUGGAAUUCCUUCAAUUUUCUAGAGGUUUAAACUUCAUGAGAAAAGAAGACUUUGCGGAGUGGCUCCUGUUUUUCACUAACACUGGAAACAAAGACAUUUACUGGAAAAACGUCAGGGAAAAGCUGUCCGCAGGCGAGAGCAUCAGUUUGGAUGAGUUCAAAUCGUUUUGCCAUUUUACGACCCACCUGGAAGACUUUGCUAUUGCCAUGCAGAUGUUUAGUUUAGCUCAUCGCCCUGUCCGCCUGGCCGAGUUCAAGCGGGCCGUGAAAGUCGCCACCGGCCAGGAGCUCUCCAACAAUAUCCUGGACGCCGUCUUCAAGAUCUUUGACGUGGACGGCGACGAGUGUCUGAGUGCUGGAGAGUUCCUCGGCGUGUUGAGAAACAGGAUGCAUCGAGGCUUAUGGGUACCCCAACAACUCAGUGUACAAGAGUACUGGAAAUGCGUAAAGAAAGAAAGCAUUAAAGGAGUGAAAGAAGUCUGGAAACAGUCUGGGAAAAGUCUGUUUUAAACAUAACAAGGGAUGGCAUUGCUCCAGAUGUGUGGAUUUGGGGUGGUUGUCUUAAAGAUGGAGAUCUUCCGUUUUCUUUGUGAUAAAAAGGUGCCUUGUAAUUGCUUUCUGAAUCAAUAUUAAAAGAACCAAUAUUCAAUUCUCUCAGAAGACUAGGAUCGAAGCAAUGUGUUCUGUUUUAAGAAGCCAUUGAGUUCUUAAAACCAUGUGUGUGCUAUACAUGCUUCCAGAAGGGUAAAUAAGUACUUACCGAAAAGAAGUGCUGGAUACACAAGACCAGUCUCCAUUUCCAAAAUUCCCAGUGUUCUGUAUCUGACAACGUGGAUUACAACUUCGAUUCAGGUUUUCUAAUCUGACUCAUAGCUCUUGUAUAUUUUCUAUGGCUUGUGUAUUUUAUUUCCAUUAGCUUAAGUGUGUAUUAGUUAUCUUAAACAGAACAUGUAAAUUUCAAUGUCCUACCUGGAAACAAUAAAAGAAUUGCAUAGACACAAA